CCCUAUUUCCUCUCUCUCUCUCUGUGGUGUGUUUGGUGUUGUCAAGACGUUGACUAUGCGCCGUAUUGCGAGACACACACGUUGUAGCUGUUACUGAUGUCAUCGUCGUCAGUUGUGCUGGAUUACUGUCACAACAUGCUGUCAAGAGAAGUGCAGAGACCAGAGCGUAUUGAGCUGCUGCCAGCGGUGAGCAGUGCGGCGACGUUCACAAGUCUGAAUGGUAGCGUCAGUCCGAUGAACGGCAAGGCCAAGUACAUCGACGCUGAGGAGGAUGAGGCUGACACACGCGUCACGUUCGACGGCAAUGUCAGCAAGCGUUCGGCUAAGAGAUUUCUCGGACGUUACUCUCGUCUGGAGGUCUCCCUCCUCGCGCUGUGUCUGUUACUGGCAGCCAUCGUUCUAGUGCUCAUCAUUGUCCUAGCUCUUAGAAGUGCUCACACAGACCACGACUCAUCAGAUGGUGGUCAGCCUUACGUGACAGUACCUUCCAAACACACAGGAGGUGGCUCACCGGAUGAAACAGAGACAGAGAAAGUGUGCGUGUCUACAGAUUGUGUCAGUGCAGCGGCACGCAUUCUUCAUGCGAUGGAUGGCACAGUAGACCCAUGCAAUGACUUCUUUGAGUACGCGUGUGGGAACUGGAACAAAGUGAAUGUUAUUCCCGACGAUAGAGCCACCUACAACACGUUCGCCAAACUCAGGGAUGACAUCCAAGUUCUCCUUAAAGGUUUGCUGGAGGAACCUGUCACCUCCAAGGACAGUGGCGCUACUAAAAAAGCCAAAUAUCUUUACUAUUCCUGUGCAAAUGCAACUCUAAUCAACAAGGUGGGGCUAGCUCCAGUUAAGAAACUGCUCGAGGAGCUGGGCGGCUGGCCGAUUGUCCUCGACUCGGACUGGGACGAGAGCUCCAUCGACCUCAUUGACCUCAUUAUCAGACUGAGGCUCUACAACAACAACGUGCUGAUGCGUGUGUGGGUCAGCGCCGAUGACAAGAACUCGAAUAUAAACAUUAUACAGAUAGAUCAGCCAGAUUUGGGGAUGCCAUCACGUGACUACUACCUGAAGGGCCGUGACGACCCGAUUCUCCUCGCCUACGAGAAGUACGCACGGGAUGUGGCCAUCAUGUUCGGUGCCAACGAAACGGUGGCCAUUCAAGACACAGCGAAACUGUUAGAUCUGGAAAUACAGCUGGCUAAUAUAACCAUCCCACAGGACAAGCGGAGAGACAAUGAGAAAUUAUAUAACAGAAUGACAAUAGCAGAACUUCAGCAGAGAGUACCAAAGAUCAACUGGCUCAGAUACCUGUCAGAUGUGUUCCAAAACGUUAAUACGUCCCUCAAUAUGUCAGAAGAAGUUGUCGUUUACGCACCGGAAUAUCUUGAAAAGAUGGCAAAAAUACUUCUAAGUGAGGACAAGAGAACGUUAACAAACUACAUGUUUUGGCGAAUCAUGAUGCAUCGAGUAGCCAAUCUCCCUGAUGCCUAUAAACAAGUACGAAAAGAGUAUUUCAAAAAGCUGUACGGUUCUGAAACAGAGCGGUCGCGGUGGAGGGACUGCGUGAGUUACGUCAAGGACAACAUGGGAUACGCAGUCGGACGCCUGUUUGUAGAACAACAUUUUGAUGAAGACGCAAAAAGUACCGCUUUGGAUAUGAUUCACACGAUACGGAAUUCAUUCUACCAAGUGCUGGAGGAAGCAGAGUGGAUGGAUGAUGUCACACGAGUUGUCGCCAAAGAAAAGGCGGACGCCAUGGUUGAAAAGAUUGGCUACCCGAACUUCAUUCUUAACAACACAGAACUUGACAAGGAGUAUGAAAAUGUAGACUUUUAUCCUGAUCGUUAUUUUGACAAUGUCGUUGCCAACAUUAAAAGUAUCGCCUUAACCAGUCUGAAAAAACUUAGAGAGCCAGUCGACAAAUCAAAGUGGUCGACUACACCAGCCGUGGUAAACGCUUUCUACAGCUCAACAAAGAAUCAAAUCAUGUUCCCAGCGGGCAUCUUGCAGCCUCCAUUUUACAAGAAGGGAUACCCCAAAUCGUUAAAUUAUGGAGGAAUUGGAAUGGUGAUAGGCCAUGAAAUAACUCAUGGCUUUGAUGAUCGAGGUCGUCAGUUCGACAAGGACGGGAACCUGAUCCAGUGGUGGGACGACGAGGUCAUCGCCAAGUUCAAGGUCAGAGCCCAGUGCAUCAUCGACCAGUACAGCAACUUCACACUGAAGGAGAUCAACCUACAGGUAAAUGGUAUUCAGACUCAGGGUGAAAAUAUUGCUGACAAUGGAGGCUUGCUGGAAGCUUAUACAGCGUACCGUCACUGGGUGGAUGAGCGCGGGGAAGAGGAGACACCUUUACCUGGACUGUCCCAUCUGAGUCACAAUAAACUCUUCUUCCUCAACUUCGCUCAGGUCUGGUGUGGCACGAUGAGACCCGAAGCAGCAAUCAACAGAAUCAGAACUGGACAACACAGUCCUGGAAGAUUUAGGGUUAUUGGAACAUUACAGAAUUCAUAUGUUUUUGCCAAGACAUGGAACUGUCCUAAAAAUUCAAAAAUGAAUCCUACCAAAAAAUGUAAAGUUUGGUGAAAAAAAACCAACCCGAAAAACAUUUUUUACAAAAAAACCUCAACAGUUGUCUCCCUUGACAGACAUGGACUCCAUGCUGGCAUCUUCAGAAGAGAGAUGAGAAAGUCGAUCUAGAAGCUGGACAAAGAGAUAUUAUUGGUUGUGAUUUAUUUAUUUUUGUGAAUGUUUUGGAAGCUAUGUGAUAAUACAAAAAAACAGUGCAACAGUAUAGUGUCAAGUUGCAGCAUAAGCCAUAAUGAAGGAUUCUAUCCAACACAUGGUACUGAGGGACAUACCUAGCUGUUGCUAUGACGACGGUUGCCAUGAUGACAGUACUACUUGGUUAACAUGAAAAAAGGAUUUGAGAAAGUUUUGUUUUCAGAUACAUUAUGAACAUAACUGUUCAUCAACUGAAACAGUUUUUGUUUUGUUUUUUUUAACUUUUUUUAUCAGACUAACUUUGAAUAAGUAAUUUAAAAAAGGCUUUUCUAUGGUAUUUUAAUAACCUCAUUGUUGUAUUGUUGUGAAUUUUUUAACAGGUGCAUAAAACAACAAUUUUAUCUCUUUUUUUUUCAUCAUCUUUAAUUAUGAAUGUUCUUUGUAUAUUUUUAUACUCACCGUGUUAAGUAUUAUAAUUGUUGUUACAGACCGUUCAAUGGUGCAUUUCUGUAACUUGUUACAUAUUUAUAAUGUACAUGAAUUCUAAUAAAUCACAUGAAUAUUAAUGUGUAGAAAUGUGGGUUAGAUCAUAUUGUGAACUUCAUGCAUAAUUAGUAAAUGUAGACAGUGGACUAAGUUCAUUAACCCCAUCAUACAUAAUUAUGAAUCAAUGAAUAAUUAAUAAAUGUGUAAAGUGGGUUAAGGUCAUACAUAUUUAAGAACCUCAUAAAUAAUUAAUAAAUGUAUAAAGUGGGUUAAUAUCAUGCAUAUUUAUGAACUUCAUGAAUAAUUAAUAAAUGUAGAAAGUGGGUUAAGAUCAUACAUAUUUAAGAACCUCAUAAAUAAUUAAUAAAUGUAGAAAGUGGGUUAAUAUCAUGCAUAUUUAUGUACUUCAUGAAUAAUUAAUAAAUGUAGAAAGUGGGUUAAGAUCAUACAUAUUUAAGAACCUCAUGAAUAAUUAAUAAAUGUAUAAAGUGGGUUAAUAUCAUGCAUAUUUAUGUACUUCAUGAAUAAUUAAUAAAUGUAUAAAGUGGAUUAAAAUCAUACGUAUUUGUGAACCUUAUAAAUAAUUAAUAAAUGUAGAAAGUGGGUUAAUAUCAUGCAUAUUUAUGUACUUAAUGAAUAAUUAAUAAAUGUAUAGAGUGGGUUAAGAUCAUACAUAUUUAAGAACCUCAUGAAUAAUUAAUAAAUGUAGAAAGUGGGUUAAGAUUAUAUGGUAGAUAUUUAAAGGAAAUAUCUUGAAUUUUCGGCGAUUAUUAUGACGAUGUUACGAUAAUUAAAUAUUUUUCUAAAUAAAACAUCAGUGGUUGUGUAAUUAUUAAAUGUGUGUCUGAUCAUCCUAGUGUUUAGACAAGGAGAAACUUCAUUUUAUUUCCAAAUAUUUUGUUGUUGUAUGUACGAUAUUAUCGGGAUACAAAAUCCAGUUUGGGCUACUUACAAAUAUUAGGAUGAUCCAAAACACAUUGAAUAUACAGACACUGAUAUUCUAAUCAAGAAAAUGUAUUUAAUAUGUAAUACUAUUUGUUACAAAAUUUUAUUAGAUGAAAACAGCAAACUCAGGAUAGUCCCUUUAAGAACUUCAUGAAUAAUUAGUAAAUGUAGAAAGUGUUAACAUCAUGUAUAUUUAUCAGUUUCACCCAGUCACACACUUUGUAUGCUGUAUGCACUUUCCCAAAGAUAGAACAGCACAUACCACAUUGUUUGAUAUAUCAGUUAUGGUCAUUACUGUCAGUAAAAGCAUCAAAUCUUUAAAAAGAAAAUGAAAUACUUUUUUUUUUACAAAUAUCACUUCCACCCUUCCCAUGGUAUUGUAACUCAUUCUUUAUAGACUUUUUGACUCAGGGUGAGAUAUUGAAUAACAUGCAAUACUCUAUUAAUCAUAGUAGUACAACAUAAAAAUUAUAUGACUCAUUCUGUAAAGACUAUUUAAAUCACUAUGUGAUCACCCUCUAAUGUGACAGUUGAUUAACUGAACUAAAUUUAAUUCUGAAAAUAUUUUUUCUUACAACUCAUUCUAUGAAGACAUUUUUAUUUUUUUAAUAGUAAAUAUAUCUAUUUGUUAGGAUAAAAAUUACAAAUAAAUUAUUGAAAUAUAAUAAGUAAUUUCAAAAGGUUUACUUGGCAACCAUUUUGUUGUCAUAAAUUUACAAGCUGUUAAAUAGAGUACUCUCUAGUCCUGACCUACCAUAAAAACAGAACACUCGAGCUAAUAUCAGACUUGCUCUUUCUAGAUCAUUCUAAAAUAGUAAAUAGUCAUUCUAUUAAAAAAAAUUACAUUUGACAAUGGGUGAGAUAACCCUGUUAAUAGUAGCCGAUAUAGUUAUUUUAAAGGCAAUAAAUAGACUCAUUCUGUAAAGACAAUUUGAUGCAGUGUGAGAUCAAUAUUAAUCUCAGUUGUAAUCUGAGGACAUUAGUCUCCAUUUUGGAAGUGUUAUUUCUAAUGACUCAUUGUUUAAAGACUUUUGAUGCAGGUUGAGAUCAGUCUCAAAGAAACUAAUCUAUAGGUACAAAGACUAGUCUUUAAUUUGAGAGUAGGUAAAGACUAUUUUAUGCAUGCUGAGAUCAACAUUCUUAAACACAUUUGUAACUUGAGGCCAUGUGUCUCUAUUACGAAAGUAUUAUUUUUAAUAAUUCAGUCUGUAAAGACUAAUAGAUUAAUUAAUGUUCUUAUAUAAUAAUAUGUCAUUGUAUGUCUGUUUGCAGUUAAAGAAUAAAAAAGAAGACAAAUGACUUUUGCGACAUCCUGUAUUGUGGAUUUAGCAGUGUCAGGCAUAAUUUACGAAACGUUACAGAAGUUAUUUAGAGUAAAACGUAACCAUAGCUACCCCACAUUAUACAUGUUAGUGCUGUACAUGACAAUGACUAGAUUAGGUACUAUGUGGUUAAGCUUUAACAGUUUUAAUUUGCUGGCACUCUAACAAAAAGGGUGAAUAUUUAAAAAUUUGAAAAUUCACAUAUCAUUUUUCAAAUUAUUAACAUAAUGUUUUUUAAUUGGAAGAAAAAAACAAAAUUAUUUAUAACAUUAAUGGUUAAUUAUUUUCUGACAAUGAGGCAAAUAGUUAAAUAAAGCUCUUAAUGUUAUUUAAGAAAUACCUGAACGUACAUUCACUCGUUCAUCAGAGAGGCGAUGAAUGAUCAGUUACUCAGUCUAGUUAGAUGUGCUUGCUUUAUUGGAAACCACUUUAGCUGCAGGACACUAAGGUGGAUAUUUAGGACAGUCUAGAACUAAUAUCGACGACAGUCACUUUUUGCAUCCUUGUUUCAGCUUCGUACACAAUAAAUAUAACAUCCACUGGUAAUUUUUUUAUGUAAUAUAUUUGAUGAAUGGUACUUUUAUUUAUUUCAUCUUUUGAAACUUAAACUGAAUAUUUUGUCUAAAAUUAUGAAAAAUUAAAAAAAAACAUUCUGACCUGUAAACUGCAUUGUCUGCUCUUGGAACCAUUUUGACAUGGGCCAAAUUAAGUAGACCAGUUUUUAUCUUAAUGUGGCAAAGCAUUGUAAUAAUACAGCUAAUUUCGAAUUUGAAUGAUGUCAGUAUUCCAAUUGCAUCUCUUUACAAUAACAAUAAACUGGGUGCAUGACAUUUCUGUUUUAAGAAUGUUAAAAAAAUUUUAUUGCAAAAUUGCUGACUGUGUUUGAAGAAAAUAUUGUCAUUCAUUUUUUUUAUUAUUUACAAAAUAUGGAUUUCAAGUGAAAUUAUAGUGAGAUUUGUUAUAUUUAUCAUGUUCGAAGCCAAAUGAAGGGGACGAAAGGUGACUGUCAUCGACCACAAUUGGAUGUCAUGGCAGACUUUUUAAUCAUAGCUGUAGUAAUCACAGCACUGACAUGACAGUAACAGUAUUUUCUUCAAACGUGUUAUAGAAUCUGAUGGAAAUUAAAGGUACAUACUCCUCCAACAACAUUGUACAGUUCAAAGUUAAAGUUUUAUUAAUUUAUUUUAUUGAUUUAUUUGACAUGAGUUGAUGUUCAAAAUUACUACUUCAAGCAAGAAAUUUGGUUUUAGACAGAAGAAUAUGUAUUAUAGAAUAUUGUUAGAGAAUCUAACAUGUACCUUUAAGUUAAAAAGUACAUGACAAAAACUGAUCUACUUGAUACAGUUCACAAAUUAGAGUUUUCAUUAAAAAUAUUUUAUCUAUGGUUUACAAUGAUUAUGCAUUUGUAGUUGUACGUGUAUCAAAGUUUUGUUGUGAAGUUUGAUCACAGCUUCAGUAUUUAGUUUUAUGAUAUCAUAUUCAGUAAAGCAACUUGUGUAAUAAUUAUAAUUACAGGCUUUACUCAGUGAGAUAUAAAUUAUAUUUAACCAAAGACGUGAAAUAUCCUCUAAUGCAUUAGCUGAGACAGAAAACAAUAUAUUUAUAAGUUCAACUGUAUAGAAAACAAAAUAGAGUUUUGUCAGUUCUAAUUUCAACUGUAAAAAACCCACACAGAAUUAUCUCAGUUCUAAUUUUAAUUGUACAGAAACCACAGUAAAAUUAUCUCAGGUGUACUUUCAAAGGUACAAAAAGUACAGUAAAAUUAGUUCAGUUGUGUUUUCUACUGUACAGAAAAUACAGUAGAAUUAUCUGAGUUCUAAUUUCAACUGUACAGAAAACAGUAGAAUUAUCUCAGUUCUAAUUUCAACUGUACAGAAAACAGUAGAAUUAUCUCAGUUCUAAUUUCAACUGUACAGAAAACAUAGUAGAAUUAUCUGUUCUAAUUUCAACUAUACAGAAACAUAGUAGAAUUAUCUAAAUUCUAAUUUCAACUGUACAGAAAACACAGUAGAAUUAUCUCAGGUCCAUUUGUUUUUGUUUUUAAAGACAAAAAUAGAUAAUGUGAUGUUAGUUAAAAUAACUGUUACAAGGCUCACCAACUAUUGAUGCCAUUAAAAAUGUAGUGACAAGAGCUGGGUGGGAGAACUGUUAGUGGUUUUUCACAAAGAAAUGUGAACUCAGUGAUGUUUCAUGAUCUUUCACAUAACCCUAUUUUAAUUACCGUUAUGCAAAGAUUAUGCUUGGGAUUUAUAUAAAGUUAUAACUACACUUUAAAUAAUGAAUUACAAUGAGGUAAAAUACUCUUCAGUUUUAAUUAAAUUUCAAUAGUUAUAUAAAAUUAACAAAAUUCAAUGUUGUGAAUAUGAUUACAUAAUAAAAUAAAAUAAAAAGUUUGACAGUAUUUAAUGAGGAACUGAUAAGUUGGGAACAAGAUUGGGGAAAUGUUUGAUAAAUACAGAAUUUGGUUUGUAUUGUAUUAUGUUGAACUGAUAAGUUAGGAACAAGAUUGGGGAAAUGUUUGAUAAAUAUAGAAUGUAAUUAGUGCAUUUAUGUUGUAUUUUAUACAUUUACACUUAGAUAUGUAAAUAACAGAUUUGUUUUUGCUUCUCCUACAAGAUGUUAUGUGUCAGUAAUUUAAAAAAGUUUACAUUUUAAAAUUAUCAUCAUUAUUAUUAUUAUUAUUAUUAUUGUUUGUUUGAUUGUUUGUUUGUUUUCACAUAUAUCAUACAUUAUUAUUAUCGUAAUUUUUGUAUGCAGGAUAUAUAUUAUGAAUUUUGAAAUCUACCUUAAAAGACUGAGUAACUUGAAACUCUUCCUUUUCUAGAGAAUGAAUUGAUUGUUUCCCCUGUUUUCUAAAAUAGUUACUAGGUCUAUAUAUCUUCACUGUGACUUCACCGUGACAUACAUUCUGUUCUAAAACAUGCUACGACAUGAAUUACACUUGUGUCUUUCAGACAUACCAUCUACAGUAUCCAGUCAAGUCAAAGACACAUAUUUUCAUCUGUAAAUAAAAAAAUUAGAAAUU